CCGCCUUCGGGGUCUGGAGCUUUGGGGAAGGGCUGUCUGACAGUUCGCCCGGCACCUCCCGCCAGGCGGAAACGAGCCGCACGGCGGAUCCCAGGACCUCCAAACUCUGGAUGCUCACAUAUAUCCUGAGCUUCCUACCUCUGUCAGAUCAGAAAGAGGCCUCCCUCGUGAGUCGGGCUUGGUACUGUGCUGCCCAGAAUGCCCUUCGGGAGACAAAUGUGCGGUACAACAUUCCUGUGUCCUCUGCCUCACUCUCAGCAAUCAAGAGCUUGGGCCUCAGGGGCAUUUCAUGCAUCAGCUUGACCAACCUGGAUGGCUCACCAGCUUCGCACCAGGUACUGCAGUCUGUUGCUUACCAUUUAGGCCCACACCUGGAGAGUUUAUGCCUGGGAGGGGGCAGCCCCACAGAGGCAUCCUUCUUGACCUUGAUCCUGGGAUGCCCAGCCCUGCGCACCCUUGACCUCAGUGGCUGCAACAGUCUCUUCACCUCGGGCACUCUGCUGGCUCAGCCUGAGACGGCACAGUGUGUUCGAAAGGCAUUGAGUGGCCUUCGUGAUCUUAACCUGGCUGGCCUGCAUAACCUGACUGACCUUAGCUUCAACCAUCUCAGCGGUUGUUUCCCCAGCCUGGAGCGCCUCUCCUUGGCCUACUGCCAUCUUACCUUUGAGUUAGGCCCAACCUGGGGCUCCAUUAGCCCCCAGGCAUCCUCUCCCUCCCAGCUUUCCUUCCACAACCUGCUCCAGUUUGUCAAAGAGCGAGCUGCUAGGCUGCGUGCCCUAGACCUCAGUGGUACUGGCUUGCCACCUGAGGCCCUACAAGCCCUGGGCCAAGUGACUGGACUGCAGCUGGAGGAGCUAAGCUUGCAUAGCUGUAGGGACCUCUCUUCAGAGGCUGUGGCCACCCUGUGCCGCCAGCAGCCCGGCCUUACUUCCCUGGACCUCAGUGGUUGCUCAGAACUGACUGACAGGGCACUCUUGGCUGUGAGUCGAGGCCUACGACACCUGCGGCACUUGAGUCUGAGGAAACUGCAGCGGUUGACUGAUGCAGGUUGUACAGCCCUGGGAGCCCUGCACGAACUGCAGAGCCUGGACAUGGCUGAGUGCUGUCUGGUGAGCGGGCGGGAACUGGCGCAGGUCUUAGGCUCAGUUCGCAGAGCUCCACCGGCACUGACUUCCCUCAGGCUGGCUUACUGCUCUUCACUGAAGGAUGCCUCAGUGCUUUCCAUGAUCCCAGCACUGGGCCCAAGCCUCAAGGUGCUAGACUUGUCCUCCUGUGUGGGCCUCACUAACCAGAGCGUGCAGGCCAUCUGCACCUACCUCACUCACCUCUCAGUCCUGCGCCUGGCUUGGUGCAAGGAGCUCCAGGACUGGGGGCUUUUGGGGCUGAAGAAGCCAAGUGAGGAGCCUGGGCUAAGUUCCCAGCUACACCAAGAGGUGGAAAAUCAGGCCCCAGACCCUCAGGAGCCUAAUUCUGACCCACAAGGCCCCUCCCUGCUCAUGCUUCAGGCCCUGCAGGAGUUGGAUCUCACAGCCUGCUGCAAGCUGACAGAUACCAGUUUGGCCAAGGUGCUCCAGUUCCCUCAGCUGAGACAGUUGUCAUUGAGCCUGCUGCCAGCGCUCACAGACAUGGGUUUGGUGGCUGUGGCUAGGGGCUGUCCCAGCCUGGAGCGCUUGGCAUUGAGUCACUGCAGCCACCUCAGUGAUGAGGGAUGGGCUCAGGCAGCCAGGUUCUGGCCAAGGCUGCAACACCUCAACCUGUCCAGCUGCAGUCAGCUCACAGAGCAAACUCUGGAUACCAUUGGGCAGGCAUGCAAGCAGCUUCGAGUGUUGGAUGUGGCCAUGUGUCCUGGUAUCAACAUGGCAGCUGUCAGGCACUUCCAAGCACAGCUCCCUCAGGUGACCUGCAUCCAGUCUCGCUUCGUGGGAGGGGCUGACCUGACCCUAACACUCUGAGGCCAGGUCAGUUACUAUCUCUGAAGCUCGUCCUCCUUCACCAGCAUAGCCCCAGCCCAGGCCUCUGGACCUGUGUUAGCCCCAGGGCCUCCUGCCUUCCCCCUGCUCUAGAACCUUUCCUAAGACUCAGGAUGGAACCAAUCCAGGAUACGUGCAGCCCGAGUACCCCACAGAUGGCAGCAACCUCUUUCUGGCUGCACGUUGCUUCCAGUGGGCUCUCUUCUAAAGGUCAGGGCCACAGGGGGUGCUGGGGAAGGGCAGACUCUGUGCCUCCUGCCAGCCUACACUCAAACCUCUGUUGCCUGCUCUCCAGGGGUCUCUUCCAACCCUCCUGAGCUUUAGCAGCCAAUCCACCAACUUCAUUGUAAACCCAAACAGGAUUAAAAAUUCCAGAUUUUA